AUGCAUACUCGAGCCGAUGAGUUGACGUCACGUGAAUCGGACAUUCAGACGAAUAAGAAGGAAGAAAUAGAGGAUGGAGACCCUGGCCGGCGAUUAUCGUUGGGAAUUCGCGAUCAACAAUUGGCUAAAUUAGCCAAUACUGCGAAAAAUGAAAAAGAAAGGAAGGAAGGUGUCGUUGAAUCAGGGAAGAGAGAGCGAGGAAGAAGACGUACCCGGGUCGAUGAGUUGAUGUCACAUGAUUCGGACAUUCGGGCGCAUGGGAAGGAAGGAAAAGAGGAUGGAGCUCCUAGCCGCCGACGAUCGCUGAGAAUCCGCGAUCAACAGGUGACUAAAUUAGCCAGUAUGCGAAAAAUGAAAAAGAAAAAGAAGCAGGUGUCGCUGAAGGAGAAAAGAGGGAGCGAGAGAGAAGACGGAGCAAGGCCGACCAGUUGA